AUGGAAGGCGAUUUCCAGCUUUCCACCUUGUGCACAUCUCGUCUUUCCUCUUCUUUUGGAACAUUCUCGGUCAGAGUUGAUUCAUCUACUGCUGAGAGAGUAGCCUGUUUUUUUGAAGCAAUGAGCGAUGAAUUAAUGUUCUUUUUUCCAUUUUGGUAUAUUUUGUUAAUAUUUGAGGCAGUGCUACAGCCACUGUCAAUAACAACUUUUGAGCUUAAAUAUGACGAGGAGCGAAGAAAUACUCAUAUUGCUAAAAUUUCUGUUGUUCGUGGUUCAGAGAAUCCCAUCAUUUUCCCAAAAACGUUCACUAUAGACGAAAUUGUUGAAAGAGAAUUCUUCCUAUCAACGAAAGGCUUAAAAACGCAGCAUGAUCCAGCAACUGGUCUUAUCGAUGUGAAUCAUCUUUAUUUUUAUCAGUGA